UUGACCUAUUUUUACAGGCCUGUAAGGGGUCACACUGAUCGACUGAAUGGAAAUUGUUUUGUUUUAAAAACGAAAAAUAUGGCAGAAUCCUCGCAUGUUCAAGUUAAAGUGGAACAGCCGAACAUUAGAGAACGUUUGAAUUUGCAUGUCAAGCGGCGCUUGCAACAGGACGCAGAAAAUUCCGUCGACAGCACAGAGCUAUUGCCGAGUACUGCGAAUUCGAAGCGCUGCAAGGGAAAAGAUGAUUCCAAGCCUCGAAAAACCAAUCAAAAGCGCACAGAAAAACCCAAAACGGAGGCAUCAAAGAGCAAAAAAGUGGGACAACUCGGCAGUCCGGCCGCGGAGCCGGAUCUGGAUGAACAGGAACAAGAGGGUAUUUCUCUGGAGGCGACGGACGCCAAAUCCGUAAGACGGGACUGUUGCAAAAACGCAGACAUUCUGAACAUGGUGUUGAACGUUAAAAAACGCACUCUAAUGCAGGAUCCCGAAGUUCAAGCCUUCUGGACCAAAGUAAUGACAGCAAUUAAGAGUUGAAUAAAAGCAGCAUAAUGCUUACAUUCGGUCGCCGUUGCUGUACUUGGUAAUCGUAAGGUAAAAGGGUACAUUGCAAAAUAAGUGUAUGUAUAGGCAGAAUUCCUUUAGGACCCUUUAAAAUAGGUACAUGCAAGUAUUCUUGAUAAGAUCACUAGCGUCAAAAUCUAAGAAAUUAUAAGAGAUAGAACCUUGUGAUUGUGCAUGCGCAUUUCAGGGAUUCCCGAGAACUGCAGUCGAAAUAGGACUUUUUUACAUUAAUUCAUUAAAAAGUAACAGGCGCCCUGCAACUUCGGAACACUGGCAUCGUUACUAGCUUCUCUCUCAAGCUGACCCUUAACCCCCAGUACCCUCAUCUCCGAUUUUUAAAUCGGUAAGACUAUAUAUGGAUAGUCGAAGCACUCGAGUGACUCGACUGUGGUGCUUUUACAUUUCUUACACUGUCAUAUUAAUAUUUAUAAAAAGCUUACUUAUUAACGAUGUAGAAAUAAAAUAAAAGUGGGUAAAAAUCCA